GUAGCCCUGGACUUGAAUUUGGUAAUGUUAAGAAAGCAUUGCCCAAGUAGGGAGGGCCAGUAUCAUCGAGAAGUCGAAGAUCGCUAGCCAUCGAUCUCAAAUCAAAUCUGAUCUUCAUCUUCUUAAGGAGAGGUGAUCGGAGAUUCAAAGAUGAUUGUCUGUGUCGCCGUCGUCGGACACCAGAACAAUCCGCUGUAUAUACAGAGCUUCACGGAAGCUGACGACGCCCUAAAGCUUCAUCACAUAGUCCACUGCUCUCUUGAUGUUGUUGACGAAAGAGUGAACAAUCCAAAAAAAUCUGGCCCUACAUUGAACGAGACAUUUCUUGGUCUACUAUACCCUACCGAAAAUUACAAAGUGUAUGGCUAUUUGACAAACACAAAGGUGAAGUUCAUAUUAGUGACAACAGAUCUUGAUGUUCGUGAUGCAGAUGUGAGAAAUUUUUUCAGGAGAUUCCAUGCUGCAUAUGUGGAUGCAGUUUCAAACCCAUUUCAUGUUCCUGGUAAGAAGAUAACAUCAAGGACCUUUGCUGAAAGUGUCAGCACUAUUGUCAAAUCAUUUGGUUUGAGCUCAGCAUGAUUACAAAGACAUUUGCUCACCUCCAGAUAGAGGAGGAACAACAUCGGUCCUUCUUGCAAAUUUCAUUUGAUUUUACGUUGAUAGUCCCAAGCACAGUACUUGCUUCAUACUCAUAGUGAUUACAUGUAGCAAUUGUUGGGUUAAGGUAGCUUAUCAGAAUUUAUAGUUUGGUUUCUUCAGUUUGCAAUGGUUUGGUUAUUCUGGCUGUGGAAUUUAAUUUCAUUAAUGUUUUCGUUUUGACCUUUCAA